AUGGAGCGACACGAACUUAAAACUAACGUUGCAAUUGUUCAGGAUGAGGAUUAUCAUACAGCUACUAAAAUUAUGUACGAUGAAAAACUGAUGAAGGUCCAGUCUAAGGAAUCUCUACAAGAAGCAUACAAGAUGUUACGGUCUGCAUCUGACCCUAUGAAGGUAUAUGUUUUAAUUGUGUCUGAUGAAGUAACAAUGAAACAGUACCUAGAGCUAAGACCAGAUCUCGUAGUAUCCGAGCCAAAUGCUUUAUACAUCAUAUUCUACGUUGGACAGCAGAAAAAACUUGGCCACCAUAUUUCAAACUGUGCUGCUGGAAAUCUGAUGAAAUUGUGGAAGCAGUAUUAUGUUCUGAAUAUUGUUACGCAGUAUCCCUGCUCGGACCAAUGGGGUGACUACUUCUACAUCUAUAGACCGUUUAAGAAAAUUGGAAAUGAUUCUUGGGGAGCUGUAGUAAUGCAUAAGAUGGAAGAUGUAUUACUUGAUCACAGAAGAAUUGUGAACAGUUUGAAGCAAAUGAAUGAAUAUCCACUACGAAUGCCCCGAAAAAGUAUAUCUACAAAGAGGGAUAGGAAAAAAAAGACGUGGAGUACCGAUCUGAUGACAAGGGCUGCUGAAGCGGUACGCACUAAGUCGUUUUACGAAGGCAGUUAAUACCUUUGGUGUGCCAAUAACUACCCUCAGAAGGCUCGUCCAUAAUACUGAGCUGACGCCAGAACUAGUUGUACAGAAGCCGUUAGGCAGAAGGCCUGUGUUUCCGCGUUACCUAGAAGAGAAAUUAGUAGAAUAUAAAUAUUACACGUGGAGCAAAUAUUUUAUGGAUUAACUCGAAUGGAUGUCAGAAAAAUAGCACACCCGUUGACAGUUAAAAACAAUAUUCCCAAUCCUUCUAAAAAUGAUAUAGCAGGUUGGAUUUUCUUACAAAAUACAGACAGAACAAAGAUGCGACUUGUAAGUUUUGUGACCGGCGUUUCUCUGAUGACCGACAGGGCAAAAUAUGGGUUCAGUGCCAAAGCUGUGCGAUGUGGGCACACAAUGAGUGCUCUGGAGCCGAACGGGAAUAUUACAUAUGCGAUUUUUGUAGGUAAAAC